GCCUUGUUAAACAAUUCUCACCUGUACCAUUUGGCUCAUGGGAAAGACUUCGCUAGCAGGGGCAUUGAAAUUACAGGUCUCCGGUUGAAUUUAGAGAAAAUGAUGGAACAGAAAAGUGGAGCAGUGAAGGCUUUAAGAGGAAUCGCUCACCUGUUUAAACAAAACAAGGUACCCUUUUGACAAACACACACACUGGCUUUUAUUUGCGUUACCCCUAGGCAUUUUACACCUCUUUAGUCUGCUGGUGGAGGAUAAAUAAUAAAGGAAAAAAGAGAGAUCCUGAGAAAAUCUUUAUUAGCAGAACAGCUUAGAAAAACUAAGACAGAUCUCUUAAAAGUGCUUUUCUUUUAUUUUUCCAUCAAAAAAAAUAAAUAAACUAACAACAACGGUAUUGUUGCAGGAGGUAAGAUAAGCAAAA